AGAGGUCAGAAGAUGAGUGGAAGCAUUUUGUGAUUCAAGAGGAUUAGUGGAUUACUAACAAAGCUGUCUGCAACUCAAAGCCUCCAUUAUCAACAUUGAUUGUCUUUCAUUGUUUUAUAUUCCUGUAUCUCUACUGCUGCAUUUGUCUCAUCAUCAGUCAGCUAAUUGAAGGGACAUAAAAAAAUUGGUAUCAUCAAGAUGUUUAUCAAGAUGUUUGGGCUCCGCAGCAGCAUUAGAGAGCUGUGUCGAUACUGACCAUAAUGUUGGGAGCAGAAAAAAAGGGAUGUAACGUAUUUGAAUCUUUCACUCUUAGCCUUCAAUCAUUGUCAAAUAUGAACAUUAUUUUCUUUUACAUUGUCAUCCUCAUGUUUUUCAUCCAUUUCCCUGGGCUGCUAAUCCCAUCUGCUGGAAGCACACAUGUGUGUCCACACCAAUGCAUUUGCUAUGAACAGGCUGAACUGGUGGACUGCCGCCUUGCCAAUUUUGAACAUGUACCCAGGGGCCUCCCUCGUGGCACAUGGCUGCUCGAGCUGGGAGGAAACAAUCUGAGCACCAUAGGAACCCGAGCCUUCGUUGGACUGUGGUCCUUGAGGGUACUGGUGCUGACCAACAAUCAGAUCAGAGAAAUUCAACCCCAGGCUUUUUUCUCUUUGUCCUUCCUGGAGAAGUUGGAUCUCAGCUGGAAUCAGUUAAUAACGCUCCCUGUGGACCUCUCCUCCAGCAUGUCUGCUCUCAAGGAGCUGCGACUGGAACACAACAACUUACUUUAUAUAUCAGGAUUCAGCUUGGAGUAUUGGGACAACAUGGAGAAGCUGGACCUCAGUCAUAACCGAUUGGUAUCUGUUGGCCCUGGUGUGUUUAGGGGCCUCUCUAGGCUGAGACAGCUCUAUCUGCACAACAACAGAUUGACUGUGGUGGAGCAGGGUAGUCUGGAUAUGCUGCCUGGACUUGAGGUGCUCCAGCUGAGUAACAACAACAUUUCCCAGAUAGAUACUGAUGCCCUGGCUCCCCUCCAUAGUCUGGCGGUUCUCAAUCUGGAGGGAAACAACUUACAUCACCUGAAGUUUAAGACCUUCAUCAGUCUUCAUACAACAGCAACACACAUUCAGCUUUCAGGCAACCCAUGGAGCUGUGACUGUGAGCUGCAUCGUGUCUUCAGUAAGAUCUUACACGUGCGUCACCUUCAUAUUGACGACUACCGAAAUGUGACCUGCCAAGACCCUCCGCAGCUCACGGGGGCUUCGCUAGCCUGGGUGGACAGCCAACUCUGUUUUGCAGAGACUGCUACUGUCCUUGUUAUCACUGUCACUGUGCUGGUGACUGUGAUGGCAGCUGUCGUCAUGGCAGAGAGAAACAGGAAGAAAAAUCGUGGCAAGAAUUGGGAUACUGAUUCACAUAGUUCCCCAUCUUAGAAAACUGAUUUAUCGCGGAAUUCCAGUUUGAUCCCAUUGAACUUUAGUUCCUCAAACUACAUCUGCAGUUGUCAGUAACUCACUGAAAUUGCUUUAGAAAAAGGUAGCAAUAACAAAUGCUGCCUUUCAAAAACCAAUAUUUCUUUUUUGUUAUUAUGAGACCAAAAUACAAGUUUGAAGAGACAUGCAACUUAGAAAGCAAAUACAGGACACAGAAAAACAUCAAAACACUAAUGAAAAAGAGCAUGAUUAGAGGGCCCCAUUAAAACCAUAAAACAGGAGAAGGAAAUGAAUAUAUCACAUAUUAUGCACCUUUUAAUUUUGUAGAGGGAAAAUAACAAAUAUCUGUGAAAGACAUAGACAUCACUGAAAAAAAAUAUGUUCAUAUAAAUGAAUAACUUAGUAAUUACAUAAACUGUAGCUCGGGCAUUUAUUUGUUUAAAAUAAAACUAAAUAUAAUAUUUUUAUUUAAAAGGAAGAAUGAGGAUGAUUACUUUUAUUAGUAUUGGAUUAACAUAUUUAUUUUUUUACUGAAUUUUGGCAAAGUUUUAUAAGUAGAACGUAGAUUAACCAAAUAUUUCAAACUUCAGAGCAAAAAAAAAACCGUUGAAUUUUAUAAUUUGCUAUUAGCAUUUUUUCCACGUAUACCUAAUAAAUGCUUUGUGUUUACUUUGAAACAAACAUAUGAAGGAUAGUGGAAAAUCAUGGAGUGACUGGUCAACUUAAGGCUGAUGUAACAGGAUUUCCAGUGCUACCAGUCAGUUCUCUUAGCUAGCUUAUCAGCUUGUCUGUGGAGCUCUGCCACUCCAGAAACUCCAAAAUGCACAUUUCAGUGAAAGGUUUCAGGAAAAUCUUGAUGACUAGGCUGAAGAAAUGACCACUGACAGAAGUUAGAGAAGUUGAAUCAGACAACCGGCUGAGACAAUUGCCAGAGUUGCCUGACCACACAAAGCUCAAUCCUGCUGCAAACACUGAAAGCAGAUUUAAAUGUGUGCUAACUCAUGAUAAACUGACUGCACCGAUGAAGUUUUAAGUAAAGCUGGACGAUAUGGCUUAAAAAUCUAAUCUCCAGUUUCUUCCAACCAAAAAUCUUUUUAUCUAGUUCAUAUUUAAGUUUCAGAAUAAAAAUUAUAAAUGAUGUAUCUUCCUUUAAAAAUUAGGAAAUUUGAUUUCAAUCUGUGAAAUAUGCUUGUAACAUAAACUUGAUUCACAAAAAA